AUAUUGUCAAAAUCCAUAGAAAAACAUAUUUCUCAUCCAAGUGCAGUUACCUCAUAAAAACAUAUAUUUUAAGCCGGUCGAACGAUUUUUUAUUUGCAUUUCGAUCUUUGUUGCAUUUGAACAAUAUUUUUAGACAAAGAAAGGCGUAAAAAGAGUUUUCAGCCGCAAAACUCUUAUCUAAUCGAAUUAAAAAAACAAAGUAUUUGUUUGUAAGAACAAACAAAAUCACCAUGAAAAUUGCAAAUCAUGCAGUUGUGAGUGCAUUUCUAAUUGCAUUGGUUUUGCUUAUAUGCGAGGCAGAGGCGCACCUAAAAUAUCGUAAAAGUUUUAUUAAUCCAUAUCCAAGAUUUGAAGCUUUCCACGAUAGUGGAGAUCCUGGCGAGCCAUUGUUUCUUACGCCUCUUAUCAAUGACCCAAAAGUAAAACGUGAGGAUAUACAAGCAAAAGCUAAAGUCGUGGGCAACCAAUAUCAUGGUGUAGAAAGUUAUGCGGGUUAUUUAACGGUCGAUCCUAAAUUUAAUUCUAAUCUUUUUUUCUGGUACUUUCCGGCUGAGCAAGAACCUAGUUAUGCACCUGUAGUUUUGUGGCUACAGGGUGGUCCUGGUGCAUCCUCCUUAUUUGGACUUUUUACAGAGAAUGGACCAUUUGAAUUCGAUGUUCAUGGAAAAUUGCAAAAGAGAAACUACACCUGGAGUAAAACUCAUAAUCUUAUAUUCAUUGACAAUCCAGUGGGUACAGGAUUUUCUUUUACCGAUAGCGAUGAUGGUUAUGCCCGUAAUGAAAAAGAUGUAGGCCAUAAUCUGCACGAAGCCAUGCAACAACUGUAUGAAUUGUUCGAGUGGAGUGAUGUGUCCGGUUUUUGGAUCACUGGUGAAUCAUAUGCCGGCAAAUAUGUUCCAGCCUUGGCCUAUCAUAUUCACAAAGUGCAAAGUUCUGUUGACACCAGAGUUAAGAUACCCCUUAAGGGUAUGGCCAUUGGAAAUGGACUUUCAGAUCCUAUACAUCAGUUGAAAUAUGGAGACUAUUUAUAUCAAUUGGGUUUAAUUGAUGAGCACGGUUUAAAACAAUUCCACGAUGCCGAGGCACAGGGCGUAAAAUGCAUUGAAAAUCACGAUAUGGAUUGUGCCUUUGACAUUUUCGAUAAUCUCUUAAACGGCGAUCUCGUGAAUGGUUCACUGUUUACAAAUCUAACUGGCUACAAUUACUAUUAUAAUUACUUGCACACUAAGGGAGAUGAUUAUGGUAAAAUCAUGGGUGAUUUUCUGCAAUCCUCUUUGACUCGUCGUUCAAUUCAUGUGGGUAAUCUUACAUUCCAUGAUUUAGAUACUGAAAAUAAAGUAGAAAUCUUCUUAAAGCGAGAUGUCAUGGAUACCGUAGCACCUUGGAUUGCAGAACUAUUAGAAACUUAUAUUGUUUGUAUUUAUAACGGCCAAUUAGAUAUAAUUGUUGCUUACCCCUUGACACGUAAUUAUUUAAAUCAUUUGAAAUUUAAUGCUGCCGCAAUAUACAAGGUUGCUCCACGUCAAAUUUGGAAAGUUGAUGAUGAGAUAGCCGGUUAUGCAAAACAUGCUGGUCAUUUAAUUGAGAUUAUGGUACGUAAUGCUGGUCAUAUGGCUCCAACUGAUCAACCAAAAUGGAUGUUUAAUUUAAUACAUCAUUUAACUCAUUACAAAAAGGUAGUUUGAACCCCUGUAACCAAGUAAUAACUUUCAUAUAUUUUAUGGUAAAAAGCAAAGCUUAAUUUAAAAAAAAAAAUGUGUAUGUAAAUUUUUCAUUUUAAAAAAAACUAUUGCGAAUAAAUUUUUACAAUUUUAUUUUUGUUCUUC